AUGCUCUCAACGUUUCCAAACAUGCUAUUAAGAAGCAGUACCGGCAACACGUUAUCGCAUUGACAAUGGUUGAGGAUAGUCUAUUUGAAUAUAUAUUAGUUCAUUAUAGAUGGCUUUUCGUUUGUAUCUUCUUAUUACCAGUGUCUUUUCUAUUCAACAUUUGGUUGUACGCUAGGAAUUGGAUUGUGUUUAACUUAAGUAGUGCUCCGAAACAACAUGACAUCAAAGUUCGAAAUGUGCAGAAACAGAUAUUACAGUGGAUCAAAGAUGGAAGAAAAACAAAAAUGUGCACUGCUAGACCAGGAUGGCAAACUGUCUCUUUCAGAAGACCUGCCUAUAAAAGUACGAUGUAUAAUCUCGAAGUAAACUUAGUAGACAUUUUGAAUAUAGAUGUUAAAAAGCAGAUUGUGAAAGUAGAACCUCUUGUAACAAUGGGUCAGCUAACAGCUACUCUUAUCCCAUUAGGGUGGAGCAUUCCAGUAGUACCUGAAAUAGAUGAUCUUACGGUUGGAGGUUUGGUCAUGGGCACUGGAGUUGAAACCACAUCUCACAAAUAUGGACUGUUUCAACAUACUUGUCUUGCCUACGAACUUGUAUUAUGUGAUGGUUCUGUUGUACGAUGUUCCAAAGAUGAGAAUAGUGAACUUUUCUAUUCGGUGCCUUGGUCUUACGGAACUUUGGGCAUCCUGACAUCAGUUGAAAUAAGGUUGGUUCCAGCAAAGAAAUACGUAAAGCUUAAAUAUGAACCAGUUAAGGGUCUUGACAAUUUGGUCAAAAAGUUUGAAGAUGCUAGCAAAGGCAAUAACGAAUUUGUUGAGGCGAUUCUGUACAAUGAAGAUGAGGCUGUGUUGAUGACUGGAUGUCAAACCGAUGACUGUGAUAGAAGUAAGCUAAACCCAGUAGGAUUAUGGUAUAAGCCGUGGUUCUUCCUGCACGUAAAAACUUUUCUCAAUGGGAAAUUAUCUGGUGUAGAAUACAUUCCCCUUAGAGAUUAUUAUCACCGACAUACCAGAUCCUUAUUUUGGGAGAUUCAGGAUAUCAUUCCCUUUGGCAACAACUCGAUAUUCAGAUUGCUCCUGGGAUGGUUGAUGCCCCCAAAAAUAUCGUUACUCAAGUUAACUCAAACAGAAGCAAUAAAGAAGCUAUAUGAAAACAACCACGUAAUUCAAGAUAUGUUAGUGCCGAUUGAGAAACUCGAAGAUAGUGUCAAAUUAUUCAAAGAGACAGUAAAUAUAUUUCCCAUAUGGUUGUGUCCAUUUCUGCUACCUCCUAAUCCUGGAAUGGUGCAUCCAAAACAAAUGCAGAAUGCUGAGUUGUACGUGGAUGUUGGAGUAUAUGGAGUACCAGCUGUCAAGAACUUCAAACCUAAAGAGAGCACGAGGAAACUUGAAGAGUAUGUGAGAAAAGUUCACGGGUUUCAAAUGCUGUAUGCUGAUACCUAUAUGUCAAGAGAAGAAUUCAGGGCAAUGUUUGAUCAUACGCUUUAUGACAAGUUGAGAUUCAACAUGAAAUGUCAUCAAGCGUUUCCAGAAGUGUAUGAUAAAGUUUCUAAACAGGCUAGAAUUUGAUAUAUGUGUGAAAUAGCGAAAUAUCUAGUUAUAAUAAAUAAUGUCGAUAUGUA